CUUAAAGACGUUGUCAAAUUGGAGAGGCAGAGUGGGGUAACGUUAAGAGAUUAUGAAUUGUGUGAGCCAUCGGCAGGCCAGCCAGCUGCUGCACAACAAGUUUAUUGUGGUGCUGGGGGACUCCAUUCAGAGGGCUGUAUAUAAGGACAUUGUUCUGCUAUUGCAGAAGGAAAAGUUUCUGUCCACAAGUCAACUGAAGCGCAAGGGAGAGGAGUGUUUUGAACAGGACUGCCUGGUGGAAGGUGGUUCUUUGAAUAGACUGCAUAAUGGAACUGGGUACAGGGAGGUUCGCCAGUUCCAGUCCGCCCACCAUUUAGUCCGCUUCUAUUUUGUGACGCGGGUUUACUCUCCCUACAUGCGGAGCAUCUUGGAAGACUUCCGCAAUGGCUUGAAACCUGAUGUUAUCAUCUUCAACUCCUGUGUUUGGGAUAUUUCCAGAUACAACUCCAGUUGGCUCGAAAACUAUAGGGAGAACCUAUGCACGUUUUUUGCUGAGCUAAGGAAGAUUGUGCCUCAGGAAACGCUGGCCAUAUGGAACCUCACCAUGCCCUUAGGAGAGACUAUCAAAGGCGGUUUCCUGGUGCCAGAGAUUGAGCACAAGGUUUCUCACCUGCGUUAUGAUGUGAUUGAGGCCAACUUCUUCAGCGGUACUCUGGCUAAUGCCUAUGGAAUGGAUGUGUUGGACCUCCACUUCCAGUUCCGCUUUUCCCUGCAACAUCGUACUUGGGACGGAGUCCACUGGAACGCACUUGCCCACCGCAAGAUAACAUCUCUGCUGUUGGAGCACUCUGCACAGGCCUGGGGUGUUACUAUGCAACUGGCUGUUGUGGAGCAUAGCCAGGAUUCUUCUCAGCUUCUAGCCAAUGAAAAUUCCAAACCUGCAGAGCGACGCCCAUCAAGGAGAAAUUUCAGCUCUGGAGAGGAGUUUUCAAAUGAUUUCCAGCCUUUUAGUUUCUUGAACAACCCGCAGCCACGUGCAUAUCAACUACCGCCACCCGGCCUAAAAAAUGGGUUCAGCUAUGGGCCGCCUGACAAGCACCAUCAACAGAACGUGAUGAGGAGGCGACAUGUCAGACACCACUAUGCUCCAUACACCCAUCCGAAUCAUGGCCAAAACAGCCACCAUGGUCAUCAUGGUCAUGACGGCCAUCAUGGCUAUCAUGGCCAUCACGGCUAUCAUAGCCACCAUGGCCACGACAGCCACCAUGGCCACUACAGCCAUAAUGGCCACCACUACUACUACUGA